GUGUGUGUUGCUAUUUUGUUUGAGUCACCUAGCUGCUGACACUUGGGACUGCUGACACUUGGGAGUGCACGAUUAAUCGAAUUGGGAGAUGCAGCAUACCACGAUAUCCUGGCUUCGGCUGGGCUUGAAAUAUCCCUUGUGCUGUCCUCCGCUCUUUGUAUCAGUGGCUUCCUAGGUUCGAGCGAGGGCAUUUGUGUAGCUGAGAUGUGUAUCUUCGUGAAAGAAUAUGUAGAGAGAGUCGUAUUGGCAACCGCAUCAAGCGCAUUGCGCAUUUUUCGGAUUUUUGCCCCCUUCCAGAGACCUUGAUUUUUACCCGCUGGCACUGACGUCUUUUAGUUGGUCAGCCGGUUAGCGCGGUCGAUGAUAAUAAUAAAACAUACACGACACAUGACAUCUUGGGAACACGAUGCACAAAAGCACGGCCGACAACUGCUGCAUGCAGCCUCAACGCGUACUGACGUUGGUCUCCCAGUUAUCUCCCCCGAGGACACCACGAACUGCAAGGUGCUGGAGGUAGCAGGCGAUGGUCAUUGCGCUCUGCACAGCAUCUGCAGGCUGCUGAACCCCGAGCGAGAUAGCGUCUUCGGUGCACUAGCAAGCGAGAUAACACAGACCCGCGAAGAUAUCGCCCUGGAAAUGAUUGCUGCUGUUUUCUCUAAGGACUACGAGCAGCUAGUGGAAAACACGGUGUCUGACGAGGAAAUGCUGAGACUUGGCAAGCUCGGCUACGAGAGGGGUUUCUACCCAAAGCGCACCCCCUCCGCCGGCCGAGCUGCAAGAGCUGUAAGACACAAACCACUGAAGACUGUGCGAGAGGUGGUGGCGGGCAUCGAGGAUCAACUGGAGCACGAUUACUUGGCGGUAGGCGACACCACGGACUGUUUCGAUGGCGAUCUUUAUCGGGAUGAGUUUCUGCACCUGAUGUACAAUGUCUUCGGGGGCUACAACGCAACUACGUAUGCUGCGGGUACGGCUACAGUGCGCAACCCAAGCAGCAGCAACGUGGCGGAAACAAAAUUCAACCACUUUAGCGCCAUCGUGAUCCCACAAGAAUCCGUCCCAUGGGCAAAGCCGUACAUGCUUCAACGGGGGUCCUCUGGUCGAUCCGUGUUUGGGCACGAGAAGCCUCCAAACAAUUUUUGCCCGUGUCCAACCACAUCGGACAAGCGUCCGAUGAACAUCAGGGCUCUCCUGUGCCGAUCGACGUGGAUGACGAGACCGAGACAAGCAGCAGCGGAUGUACCGGAGCGGAAGACAACGCCGCCCGGGAAAGCGGUGACGAAGCCCGCGGUACUUCCUUCCGCCAGCGGCAUGUCGGCAACGACCAGGUCAAAGGAGAAGCCCAUGCCGAAGGAGAAACCACUCGAGCUCUACAGCAGCAAAGCGGAAGAUGCUGCGGGGUCGGAGACGUUAGGGGGAAGUGGUGCCGGCGUAGCGCCCUCAAAAAAGAAGCGUGGAAAGCGGGGGCGCCGCAGCACUUGCACUUCAACAUUCGCAAGCGGCCCUAAGCAAGGGGAGCCCUGUGGGGCCGAAGAGAAAUCUCCCUGCGGUAUGUUCUGUAUUAUGCACAGCCGGCAGGGUAGUCGGGACCGUACGUGCGGUAGGGGUGGAAAAGGGGGUGAUGACGAAGCGGAGUACGAACAGGAGGCUGAGGGGAACCACGACAUGAGUGACGGCGGUAGUGAGGGCGAGUUUCCGGGGGACGCAGCAGACUACGACCAGGAUGUGUUCGUGAGUGGCAAGAGCCCUCAGCAGGUCAAUGCGAUGGUGGACAAGAUACAGGAGGCCUGGGGAAAGGAGGCCCUAACUUUCAUCUUUGGGUUGAUGCAAAACACCAAGCAACUCGUGCAAGACCGCAACAAAAAGAAGAAGGCCAGGUCGGAGGUCAAGGAGGACGCUCCGGAAGGGGGCGACACAGGCGAGGAGCAGAAGGGAGACGAGGCCCUGAAUACCGCCGACGAGCACUCUUGGACAACCCGCGGCGUGAAGACAGAUGUAGAUUGGUCGGCGAGAUACGAUGGUGGCCUCAGCGGCGGUCGUGACGCCCGUAGUGGAGCACGCGGCGGGAACUGCGACAGCACAUGGAGCGGCGCCGCGGGGAAUGGGGGUGAGAGGGAGGGCAUGGCAGAUGACGACAGGAGUCGUGCCGGAGCGGGGGGCGGUGCCGCGGGCUCGUUUGAGGGCGAUGGUGAAGGGAGCGGCCGCGAUGGGAACGGCAACGGCGCUAAUGUUGGGAGCGGAAACGAUGGGAACGGUGACGGUGGUGAUGGAUUUGAUUUUGACGGUGAAGGCUCCUACCGAGGAGACGGGCACCAGUACUACGACUGCCACCGUAAAAGGGAGGGAGAGGGAGAAGAUGUAAGCUUCAAACCGUCGAAAAAGACAAUAGGCGCGUUGCCUGCGUUCGACCCAGACAAGUUGGGCAGAUUUUCGGUGGACGAGCUAGGCGAACUUGCGUUCACCUUCUUCAGCAUCAUGUUUCCGGCCGCGGUGAUCCUACUCCUUGUCCGGAAGACAUACGAGUACUUCAACUUCUGCCGAAGCACCAAGAACCCUAAAGAGCAGGAGCAGCGUCACCGCGACAAGAAAGCGAGGAAAGGUAAAUCCAGCUGGCCGAAGAAGGGCAUCACCAAGAGAAUGAUGCAGGGCGUCAUCGGCAUCAUCCUCGCCAUCGGACUGGUCCAGUUGCCAGCGGUGCAUGACCACUGGAGCUGCCACUCCUUCCACGACUACAAGCUCGUGCGUGCUUGCCUCCCGCGCGACAUGUCCCUCCUGAUCUACGGCCGUUUCUUUCACAUGGCAAGCUCGGGCGCCCCUAAGCGUUUGCAGGACGGGACCACGGAGCCCGGUUGGGGUUCGCUACACCAUAUCCGGUAUGAAUUGUGCGGCUGGUUUGUGUAUUGGGAUUGAAGAUACCUCUGUGCUAUUAAAAUGGGUAUUUUGCGCCCGGAUUGGAGUACGUGGCCGUGCCUGACGAAAUCUGCUUAGAUUUGUUCCCAACGACAACAACAAAUAUGUCAAAGACAGGGGCUUGUCUUUCUGUCUUAAAUAAUCACGAACCCCCCGUCUUCAAGACGGGCCCGAAAGGUUGUUUGUCACGAUCACAUAAGCCCGACACGGUGUAACGCAGGUAGCAAGUGAAGGGGAGAAGUGUAUGUUGUAAUAGCUGCCGUUGAUACUGUUUCGCUUUUCCUG